AUGGAGUCUCUCGCAGACAGCCCGAAAGCAGCCAAAGUGACGCGCUUCGUGAAGGAUCUCGAAGUGCAGCCUCCCCCCACAAUGAUUCUGGAGGAGACCGGAGAGUGUGAGCUUGGGGCUGCAGUGGCGCAACCACGGCGGCCGUCCAUAUUUGGAGCAGGCGCCUCCGAAGUCUCGGCUGCGCAGAGCUCACAGCCCAAGCGUUUCGUGGAGGAGAUCAGUGACUCGAAGAGGAGCCAGAAAAGUCCAAGCAGCCAGGUAUGGACCCGGUCGCACACUCCCAGCUCUCUCCUCACACGGGCAGCUGUGGCCACACGGACGAUUGCUGGCAUGUUGCAUCAGCGCCCAAAGACGGUGUUUGACCAUCCCGAGGAGCUUAAGAAGCGGGUCGACCGAGCCAUCCAUGAGGGCGACGAGGUCUACGACGUGGAGUCCCUCUACUGGGACACCGGCUUCUCACAGAGGCUGGCUCGGAGUGUUUCAUUUCAGAACACCACGCUGGCAGCAAUUCUGCUCUAUGCAGCAUGGCUUGCCUACGAUGCCGACACGAACAAUGCGACGACCCUGGUGAAGGCUGAGAUCCAAUACCAAGUCGUCGAACAUUUGUUUUGCUUUUACUUCUUCUUCGAGCUUUUGGUCCGCUUCCUGGCAUUUCGUCGAAAACGGAGUGCCUGCACCGAUGGCUGGUUUAUGUUUGACUUCCUGCUCGUCACCAUGGGUGUGGCAGAGGUGUGGGUGAUGAGCAUCGUCCUCAUCCUGACGAAGUCUGAGGAUGCGUCUUUGGGAAACAGCAGCUCACUGCGGCUUAUCCGACUGCUGCGACUAUCUCGCUUAGCGAGGACCGCAAGACUCUUAAGAGCUGCGCCGGAGCUGCUCAUCAUGGUCAAGGGCAUGAUUGCUGCAGCGCGGUCUAUGCUGACGACCGGUGUGUUGAUAUUUGCUGUCUUGUACGUCUUUGGCAUAGCAAUGAAGCAGGCCGCUGAGGACACCCAGGAAGCCCAGGUGUACUUCAACUCGGUUCUGGACUCAAUGUUUAUGCUGCUCCUUCACGCCACGUUGCUGGAUUCUCCCGGGGAGGUGAUUCAGACUCUGUCGGGAAACUAUGUGGCAUCUGUCAUCUUCGUGGUCGUUAUAGCGCUCUCGGCACUGCUACUCCUCAACAUGCUCAUCGGCGUGAUGUGCGAAGUUGUCAGUGGUGUGUCUCAGACCGAGAGAGAAGUGAUCGCCGAGGCCUUCGUUCGAGACAAGGUCCAACAGAUCAUGGAGGAACGCGGCCUUUCCGGCCGCAUCACGCAGCACGAGCUGUUGGGAAUACUGAAUGAUCGUAGAUCUACGCGCCUGUUGAGCGAGGCUCAUGUGGAUGUCAUGGGUCUGGUCGACAUCGCCGACUACAUGUUCCAGAGUGAUCUCAACGGCCAAGAGUUCGACAGGGAGCUCUCUUUCGACGAGUUCCUUCGCGUAAUUAUGUCCCUUCGAGGGUCGAACACCGUAACUCUCAAGGACAUUAUGGACUUACGCAGGACGUUACACGCGAACCAGACGGAGAUCCGGAACGUCGUCAGUAAUCUGGAGGAGCCUUGCACCGUUCCCUUCACUGCUGGUACUUCUGUUGUAGCGGUACAGGAUCGCCGUUGUUGUGCUCUUUGGCAUUUGUUCUGA